AUGGUACGAGAUAAUAUUCAAGACUUGAUGAACAAAGGAGUGCUUCAAAUCUCCAGUGUUGCAAAGAAUGAAGAUGUGUCAGUAAUUGAACCUUGUUUCAAUCUACCUGAACCGGUUGAAAUCCCUUACUAUAGUAGGAGAGUGGUUCUUGUGAAUAGUCAUCUGUCACUUGUUGUGAUCUGUAUGCCUACGCCGUUUCCAUAUGAAAGCACUAAGGUUGUGCCUUGGAAAUAUGAGAUUAUCGUUGUGGAUAAGAUCGUUGAAGGAAGUGAAGACGGUGAAGUGACAGAAACUGUGAAUGAGGACGUUACCAAUAUUGCAGGAAUGAGCAUAAUGACCCAUAGUGGUCGAAUUUAUACGCCUAAAUUCAAUGUGACUCCUCAAGUGCCAGUCAAGGAAUCUACAAUUAUAGCUCCUACUAAAGAACCCGAAGUGGUCCAAUCUAAAGAUGCUAUUGAAUUCUUGAAGUUCAUAAAGAGAAGUGACUACAAAGUUGUGGAUCAGCUGCAUCAGACACCAUCCAAGAUUUCCAUUUUGUCUCUGCUUUUGAACUCCCAAUCCCAUAGGGAGGCUUUGUUGAAGGUGUUUUCCCAAGCUCAUGUAACACAAAGCAUAACAGUAGACCAGUUUGAUGGGGUGGUUGCAAACAUCACAACUUGCAAUACUUUAAGAUUUAGUGGAGAGGAAUUACCUGAAGAUGGACAAAAUCACAGUCGUGCUCUCCAUAUCUCAGUGAAGUGCAAAGAUGAUGCUUUGGCAAGAGUUUUGGUUGAUACCAAAUCUUCUUUAAAUGUGAUGCCAAAGAGAACACUCGCCAAGUUAUCAUAUCAAGGACCAGCUAUGAAGCCCAGCGCCUUGAUAGUGAAAGCUUUUGAUGGUUCCCGGAGGACCGUGAUUGGAGAGGUAGAACUGCCCAUAUUGAUUGGCCCUCACAUAUUCCCAAUUGCUUUCCAAAUCAUGGAUAUUAAUCCGGCGUAUAAAUGCUUAUUGGGGCAUCCCUGGAUUCAUGGUGCAGGGGUAGUUACCUCCACUUUACAUCAGAAAAUGAAGUUUGUAAUGGACAAUCAACUGAUCAUCAUUAAUGGAGAGGAGGACUUUAUGGUCAGUCACCUUUCAUCCUUCAGGUAUAUCAAAGCUGAUGAGGACACUUUGGAAACUUCUUUCCAAGCUAUUGAAAUAGCCAACACCAUUUUUGUGGAGAUGAAAGACCCUGUUGGGAAAGCUUGUUCAUCUUUUGCUUCUCUGAAAAGUGCCAAGUCUAGUAUUGAAGGAGGGAACCCUGAAGGUUGGGGCCAGCUUAUUGAUGUUCGUGAAAAGCAUGAUCGUUUCGGUCUGGGAUAUGUGCCUUCCGUUGAGAAAGGAGCAUGGGUCCCUACAAAGGACAACACCCAAAGCAUCCAUAAAGUAUUCCUCAGUACAGGAUUCAUCCAUGGAGAACAAGUUAAUGCAAUUGAAUAUAACACCGAAGAUGAAGAUGAGCCAUGUUUGGUUUACCAGUGUGAGACAUCUUUGAACAAUUGGAAGGCGGUUGAGAUCCCUGAAAUAUUUCCUUUGUCAAAGUAA